GUACAGCCUUGUGAAGUAAUGCCUAUGGUAAAAAAAAUUAGCUCAUUUGGGUAACAAAAUGGACGGAUCACGGAGUGUAAUGGCGCUUCUUGUGAUUCCGAGUGUUGUGUUAUAUGCUUAGUUCUGCAUUGAAUCUCUUUAAUACGGUGGACGAAUGUUAAAAUUUCUCUCUACCGCCGGUUACAUCUAGAAAACGUGACUUUAUUUGAUCAGUAAUAUCGAGGGACCUAGAUUUUUAGAUUAUGGUAUCCAUUUUGUGAACAACCUUGUUGGUGUGGCGUUUUAAAUAAAAUGGGAAUAUCACAUUUUGUUUGGAUUCUUCUUGAAAGAGACCCUAUGUUAAUUCACUCUUAAUAGAGUGAUGGACUCAUAUAACUUAUUUGGUGAUGAUGGAAGCGGUAUGUUGGAAGGACUCACUGAUCUCGGUGGAACCGACAGCUUUGCUGGUAGCUCGUCAUCAGGAGUAGCAGGAGAUAAUAAAGAUGCAACUGAAAACAGUUACAGACAGCCCUACAGUCAGGGUGGGGUGGCUCCGGAAGGAGGGAUUCAAAAACUGACUUCAUUUGGAGGAGCACCUGGCGGUAUAAGCACAAGUGCUCAACCAGUGGCAAAUCCCAGUGCUGGUCCGCCAGCUCCUGAUUACCACGACUAUGGCGGGUAUCCUCCACGGCCUAGAUUACCGCAACCUCCCCAUGCUUCUCUACAUCCAACUCAUCAUGUGCAUCCUUCUCACUCAUAUCCGGGAUAUCAUCCUGGACCGGAUGCAAUGUAUGCUAUGCCUGAUCAGCCGGGUAUUGGAGAUAUGGGUGUGUGGUCUGGACCAACAGGCGCGAACAGAUAUUCUCCAAUUACACCAAGCUACAGACACUCAUAUGAGCACCAGCAAAAAAUGCACCAGUAUCCUCCUCAGCAGGGUGCUGGUAUAGGGGCUCUUCAACCACAAACCGCUUCAUAUUUGCCUCGACAGCCUCAUUUCUCGCAACCCACAUCACAACAACUUUACGGCCAACAACAGAACUACCCAAGUUAUACACAGAUGCACCCACCGGCCACGUCUAGGAUUAGCCAACAUCCAACGUAUCAUCAACAAAUGGACGUUAAUCCACAUCAGUAUGGUAUACCUCAUGGUCAACAAACACACAAUACAAUACCUCAACAUCCACCUCACCAAAGCAUGGCGAGUCACACGGGUGGUAUCGGUUCAACAAUACAAAGCCACCCAAAUGUUCAUUUACAUCAUGCGAGCGCUCCUCCGAUACAUCAUGUACCACGGCAGUCGCCUGUGCCUCCAGCAUCGGUUGCACCAUCACAUUCAGUACCGACUCAGAUGCCGUAUGCAUCACCGCAUCAUUCCGUAUCUAUGAGCUAUCAACCACACCAAAUUCAACAUCCACUUGAUGUCAACGUAACAAAUCAAUAUGCUGUAAAGCCUGGAAGUAUUGAAUCUGGGAGUCCACAAUACAGGCCGCCAUUUCCGCAGCUUUCUCCUCAAAUGUCGCCUCGUGCACAAAUUUCGCCACGUCAGCAGACACAAUCACAGUUGUCACCUCGGCCUGUGAUGUCUCCUGUAAAAGGACCAAGUGCUUCACCGCAUUCGCGAAAUUUGGUGCAGUCACCGGUCUCCACGGGACCUCCACCAGUUUCUUCCUCGUUUUCGUCACAAAAUACUUUGCAAGCUCUUGAACAAUUAGUUUUGCCAGCUGGUACCGAUUAUCCAUAUCAACGUAACCCUGCAUCUCCGGCUGUGGGUCAUGUAGGGUCAUCGCCCUCACAAUGGAAUCAAAAUAAGAUUACAGCUUCUGUAAAUAAUAUUACGCAACUGGAGAAUAAUGACCAAACAUCCAAAACCACGGAAGCAAGUUUAUCUGUUUCAACGGUGAAACCAGAAUUAACUAAAACUGUGAGUGUUCCUGCUACAGUACCAGAUAAUACUGCUGCCGAUAAAACUGAAAUUGAAAAUGAAGAAGAAUCUCACAAGUUUAUCCCACCAGCUAAUGUUAGUGCCAAUAUAAUCAGUGUACAGAAAGAUACAACACCUGGUAAUCCUCUUGGUAAUACUGCAAUGUCAACUAGUAACUUACACAACACGGCAUCUUCUGUUUCUCUAGAAAAUGUGGACAAGUCUGUGAAGGUUAUUCCUGGAAAUCAAAAUAUUGAAAGUAAUACUGACUCCAAUAGUAAUGAGAAUAAAAAUGAAAUUAAAUCAAAGGAAGAACGAAAGGAACAUGAGAUCGAAUCUUUUCCUCCAAAAUUAUCGGACAGUACAAGCGAACAAGACCAGACAGCAAAUCAGACCCCACCAAACCAAUUGCCAACAGUUACAAAUACUGGCACUGCCUCAAUGGGUCAUGCUCACAUGCCAAAACCUCAGUUGCAUUUACCAUUGAAUCGUCCCCCUGGCUUAACUACACCUAGUAGUAAUUCACCAACUCCGUUUGAAAAUGUUCCAUCUGUGAGUGUUAAUAGAAAUCAAGGGUAUCAAAAUAACAAUGCCCAGAACGUGACAGCACCUAAUAUGAUGCCCCCUAAUAUGUCUGCUAAUGUUCCAGCCAAUAUACCUACAUCGAUACAGUUAAAUGUGCCUGUGACCACAUCAAAUGUUACCCCAGCUACUUUUCAAAAUAAUUCAGUAUCUGGCCCACCGGCGUCGUCCAAUGUUCAGACUAAUGUAUCUACAACUCAUACUAUACCACAUCAAAACCUUCCAAAUCCAGUCUCUUCUAGUAUACCAAUUCAUAAUCCUCAGAGUAAUAUACCAUGCAUUCCACCGCCACAGGGUAUACCCUUGCCAAAUAUACAAACAAAUAUUCCUUCACCUAUGUCAAAUGUGACCAAUGUUGCAAUUGGCCAAGCAAAUGUUACGACAAAUGUAUCAAGUGUUCCUGUAGGAUUACCCAUGAAUGUUCAAAAUAUGCACCCUAUUUCGAGCAAUCAGACAAAUAUUAUGACUAAUAUGCCUCCCCAUAAUAUGAACCCGAAUAUGAUGAUUAUUGGUACGAAUGCAAUGUCACAUUCGAAUAUACCAAAUAUAUACACUGCCUCGCAUCAUCAAGAAAGAUUGUCAUUACAACAACAAAUACAAGAAAUAUACUGCUUGCCACCUUCAAAUGAAAACCAAGAGAAAGUUAGAUGUCUACAGGAACGAUUAGCUUUGUUGCAGCAACAUGAAACAAAUGAUAAGUGUACUGGAGGACCUAAUUGCGUACUACAAAAUCCUGUGUACGGUACAAAAAUGGUAGAGAGCCCACAGGUUACUAGCACGACGGGUCGGGGACGCGGAAAGGGCCCUGCUAAACCGAGAAAACCACGAGCGAAAAAAGAAAAAAAUAUUUCUGCAGUACAGUCCUUAGAUCAUUUGCCUGUUUCAGAAGAUUGUGUAACAGCUGGUACAGGAUUACAAAGUCAUUCUGAAAUUGACCUGGAUUUGAGUGAAGAUGUUACCAAUUUGGAUAGUAGUGCGAUAUCUGUAGAUGAUAUUAACGGAGGUAAAAUAAGAAAACCUAGAGGCCCUCGUAAAAAUAAGGAAAGAAAACCGCGAGCUCCCAAGGAACCCAAAGAAUUAGGCGAAAAAGUUGUCAAAGAACGUAAAAAACGUGAGCCAAAAGAUCCAAACGCUCCUAAAAGAAAAAGAAAUACUAAGAAAGAUACAAGUGAAGUUUUAGCUGAUACUACUACAACAUAUGAAUUUUUAGAACCAAAUAAAGAAUCUAAACCCCUUGAAGUUGCAAAGAAUACAUAUGAUAUUGAUUUGGAUAAAUUAAAUAAAAGUGUUCCAGAAAUUUCUUUGGAUGAUACGAAUGUCACUGAUUUUGAUGAUAUCCCGGUUUCAAAAAUAGCUAUAAAAGAUUUAUUAGAGGAAGCUGAAGCUAAGCGAGAUUUGUGUGAAAAAGACGAAGACCUGGAUUUGUGCAAUCAGAGAAAAAAAUCGUCAAAAAAGAGAGCAAGUGGUAGUGGCAGUUGUAAAAAAAUUACAUUAAAGCGAUCUUUAUCAGGAAAAAGAAAGAAACGAGGCGGCUUAAUACCCGACUCCGAUGGAGAGCCUGAUGAUAUGAUGUCAACCCCACCACCGUCACCACCACCAGAAGCGGACGAUAGCUUAAAACGUCGCUCUGCCAGAAACACUCAAAGGAAAAAAUAUACAGAUGACGUUAUGUUGCGACUCUCUGACGAUGAAUACACAUUGGCCGCUCCUAAAAGUGAAAAAGAACUCAAGACUGAAGAAAUUAUUAAUGAAACCAAAGAUAUCAACAGACUUGAUGGUACACCUAAACCGAACUAUAUUUAUGUCAAUACUACAGAAGAGGAUUCAAUGAUUGUUCAACAUGUUCUUGCAUGCAGAAUGGGAAAAAGAGAAUUGAAAAAUGAAUUACCCCCACUUGAAACCGAAGUAAAAUUGGAAAGUGACGUAGCUACAGUCGAUAAACCAAUUGAUACACCUACAGAGACGCAACCCACUGAAUCCUGUUCAAGUGCAAAUCCAAAUGAUAAUAUAUCCGAAAAUCAAUCCUGCAGUGAUAAACAAACUGAACACGAACCUCUCGAAGAUAUAAUUAAACAAGAAAACAAACCUCUUGUAGCAGUAGGAGAUAACACAGAUUCAAAAACAAAAAAACCUAUAUUGGUAGAUGUUGAAGAGUAUUUUGUUAAGUAUAGAAACUUUUCAUACUUACAUUGUGAAUGGAAAACCGAAGAAGAAUUGUAUAAGGGAGACAAACGAAUAUUUUCAAAAAUUAAGCGAUUCAAACAAAAACAAGCUCAACAAACAAACAUUUUUGAGUUAUUGGAUGAUGAACCAUUCAAUCCAGAUUAUAUUGAAGUUGAAAGAAUUUUAGAUAUGUCUGAAAAUCAAGACCCAGCUAAUAAUAGCGUAGUGAAACACUAUUUAGUUAAAUGGAAAAGUUUACAAUAUGAAGACAGUACUUGGGAGUUGGAAGAAGAUGUUGAUGUUGACAAAAUAAAACAAUAUAAAACAUUUAGUGAAAUUCCGCCCAAAGAAAAUUGGCGCUACAAGAAAAGACCAUCGGCCGAACAGUGGGUACAAUUGAAAGAAUCUCCACUUUACAAAGGAGGCAAUACUUUAAGACCUUAUCAAUUAGAAGGUUUGAAUUGGUUGCUAUUUUCUUGGCAUAACAAUCGUAAUUGUAUUUUAGCGGAUGAAAUGGGCCUUGGCAAAACUAUCCAAAGUUUAACGUUUGUAAAUGCAGUUUGGGAACAUGGAAUAAGAGGUCCAUUUCUUAUUAUAGCCCCAUUGUCUACUAUUCCGAACUGGCAAAGGGAAUUCGAAGCUUGGACUGAAAUGAAUGUUAUUGUAUACCAUGGAUCACAACAAAGCAAAAGUAUGAUACAGGAGUAUGAAUUUUACUACAAAAAUGAGAAAAGUGAACCAAUAAAAGAAAUUACGAAAUUUAACGUUCUUAUAACAACAUUUGAGAUCAUUGUUACGGACUUUCAAGAGCUUAAAUCAUUUAAUUGGAGAAUAUGUGUGAUAGAUGAAGCACACAGAUUAAAAAAUAGAAAUUGCAAAUUAUUAGAAGGAUUACGGCAGCUUCAUUUGGAACAUAGAGUACUAUUAUCAGGCACUCCAUUACAAAAUAAUGUUAAUGAACUCUUUUCCUUGCUUAACUUCUUAGAACCAUCACAGUUUUCAAGCAGUGAAGCUUUCCUAAAUGAAUUUGGUCAAUUAAAAACUGAAUCUGAGGUCCUGAAAUUACAGGCACUACUAAAGCCUAUGAUGCUAAGAAGGUUAAAAGAAGAUGUCGAAAAAACUUUAGCACCUAAAGAGGAAACAAUAAUUGAGGUUGAACUAACAAAUAUACAGAAAAAGUACUACAGAGCUAUACUUGAGCGCAAUUUCAGUUUUUUGCAAAAAGGAACAGCGUCGGCAGCUAAUAUUCCAAAUUUAAUGAAUACUAUGAUGGAAUUAAGAAAGUGUUGUAUUCAUCCUUAUUUAUUAAACGGUGCGGAAGAUCAAAUACAAUUUGAUUACAAACAAACAAAUGGUGAAGAUAAGGAAGCUUACUAUAAAGCACUUAUUCAAUCAUCCGGCAAAAUGGUAUUGGUUGAUAAAUUACUGCCUAAGUUGAAAGCUGGUGGACAUCGGGUUUUAAUAUUUAGUCAGAUGGUGAGAUGUUUGGACAUUUUAGAAGACUAUCUUGUAUUUAGAAAAUAUCCUUAUGAGAGAAUAGAUGGUCGGAUACGAGGCAAUUUAAGACAAGAGGCUAUUGACAGGUUUUCAAAACCAGAUUCCGAUAGAUUUGUGUUUCUUCUAUGUACGAAAGCUGGCGGUUUAGGUAUUAACCUGACAGCAGCCGAUACAGUUAUUAUUUAUGAUAGUGAUUGGAAUCCUCAAAAUGAUUUACAAGCACAAGCCAGGUGUCACCGUAUUGGACAGCAAAAAAUGGUGAAAAUUUACCGACUUAUAUGUCGCAAUACAUAUGAAAGAGAAAUGUUUGAUAAAGCGUCUUUAAAAUUAGGUCUAGAUAAAGCUAUAUUACAAAGUAUGAAUACUUCACAAGGAAAAGAAACAGGUAUAAAACAGCUCUCAAAGAAAGAAAUUGAAGAUUUGCUUAAAAAAGGUGCGUACGGAGCAGUAAUGGAUGAAGAUAAUGCCGGCGAUAAAUUCUGUGAGGAAGAUAUAGAAAUGAUUCUAGCGCGCCGAACCCAAGUAAUCCAAAUGGAAUCCGAAAAGGGUUCUACAUUCUCUAAAGCUAGUUUCGCUGCUACUGAUCAAAGAUCAGAUAUUGAUAUUAGAGAUCCAGAUUUUUGGAACAAGUGGGCAAAGAAAGCAGAAAUUGAUACCACAGAAAAAAAGGAAGAUGAAGACUUGAUAGUCACGGAACCUAGAAAAAGGACCGUUAUCAAGCGCUAUGGCCAUGACGAUGGUCCAGUUGAAAUGUCCGAUAUGGAAGUAACACCCGAUUCCGACGACGACGAAGAAGGAAUAGGUCUGAGAAGUAAAAGAAAGAAAGAAAAGCUUGGCAAAAAAGGAAGGAGAUAUGGUAGCGACGACUACAUUCCUCGACAUGAAGGUGUACCUGUAGAUGAGGAAGUAGUAUAUGGCUCAUGGACGAGGUCAGAAUGCUUCAAAAUAGAAAGAGGAUUAUUGACGUUUGGAUGGGCAAGGUGGGAAGAGACAGUUGACAAAAAUCAAUUAAGAAAAGGAUGGACUCUACCUGUCAUUGAAGACUGUGCAAGAAUAAUUGUUUUGUAUUGUUUGCGACAUUAUAAAGGUGAUGAGAAAAUUAGAAAUUUCAUUUGGGAUCUUAUUGAACCAUGUGAAAAUGGCGAAGUGACAAUUUCUCGAAAUCAUAGUGGAUUACAUAAUCCAGUGCCACGCGGUAGAAACGCAAAAAAGAAAAAUCGACCAAAGGAUAUACCUAAGUCUAACGAUCUUCAAAAAUGGGAAGACUCUAAUCACUGGAGUUCUACCGAAAAAUAUGACUGUGAGGUAUAUCUUGAGAGCAGUUAUAAAAAACAUUUAUUUAGGCAUGCAAACAAAGUCUUACUGCGAGUUCGCAUGAUGUACUAUAUCAAGCACGAAGUAAUAGGCGAGUAUGCAACCCAAAUAGAAAGUGGGAUACACGCCAGCUCUUUGGGUAUGCGAGUUCCGAGAGGCGUCGACAGCACGCCUCCGCGGCUAUGGUGGGACAGCGAAUGCGACGUGUCCCUAUUGGUGGGCACGUAUAUUCAUGGCUAUGAGAAUUACCUUGCCAUGCGAACCGACCCGCAGUUGUGCUUUAUAGACAAAUUAGGACCUCCUGACGACGCAGAGUGCACCGACAUAAAGAGCGAGGAGCGCAAGGUGUUGAGCGGCGGCGCGGGCGACGAGGACUGCACGGACGAGGUGUCGAGCGGCGCGGGCGCCACGUCGCCGGGCGGCUCGCCGCGGCCCGAGGGCGCGCAUCGCUGGCCCUCCAUGCAGGACCUCAACACGCGUCUGCGCCGCCUCAUCACCGCCUACCAGCGCAACUACAAGCGCGAGGAGCUUAAAAUGCAACAAAAGGCCAAGAUGGAGCGAAGAGAGCGGAUGGACCAGCUGGCGAGAGAUGAGGCAAAUCAAUGGCGGUGGACUCGCGCCGAUGAAGAAGCGUUCCGACGUACCGUGGCUUCAUAUGGUGUCGAAUUUGAUCCGGCAACGAAGAGUUUGCGCUGGAGUCGGUUUAGAACAUUAGCUCGAUUAGAUUCAAAAAGUGAUGACGCCCUUACGGACUAUUUAAAAGCAUUUAUGGCAAUGUGUAAGCGUCAAUGUGGCCUGUCUGUGGGAGAAGCUGAAUUACCAACAAGAGUAGAUUUGAAAGCGGAGCCUAUUGGCGAAGAAAGAGCUAUCGCUACAUUGGAAAGGAUUGACCUGUUACGAGUGUUACGCGAAGAAGUAGCCCCUCACCCUUCUUUAGAUGCUAGAUUAGCACUUUGUGAACGGUCACCAGAUACACCAGCUUGGUGGCAGCCAGCUCGACAUGACAAAUUACUUAUAUUAGGAGUAUGCAAGCAUGGAUUGGGCGAUACGUACAAUAAACUCUUCUGUGAUCCAAAAUUACCUUUCGCUGAUUGUGCAAGGAAGUGGUAUGCGAACCAAAAAGGAACCAAGAAGGAGUCGCAAAAGAUGUCGUCAGACGAAGAGGACACAAACAAUUCUGAAAAAUCCGGGGCUGAAUCUCGUAUGUCCCUGAGACGCAGCAAACGUACUUCUAACGUGUGCGAACGCGACAACGACGAUGACACGGAUGCGUUGUCCGAGCUGGAAACACUUGCCAAGUUGGGACGCGCCGAUGAGACCCUCGCUCCCGAACGUUGGUUUUCGGAGCGCGCUCUCGAGACCCGAUUGCAUCACAUAGCACACGCCGUGCAGAACCGAGAGUGGCCUGCGGCGGCGCCUCCUGUCUCGGACGGGUCGCGCGGCCACUUGCCCGAUAAACACGCCCAGAAGCGACACAUAGCUAUAGAUGUGGAGACCGAUCGUGCGAAGCUGCACGCUUUGCUGUCGUCUCCGGCGGCCGCGCACCAGGCCGCGGGCGCGGCGGGCACAGCGGGCAGCCGAGGCCGACGGGGCCCGCCGCCCGCGCACCAGCGCGCGCCCGCCGCGCACGCGCCGCACGCCCCGCACGCGCCGCACGCACCGCACGCUGCCGGCUCGACGUCGGCUGCGACCACUUCCUCUACGGCACCUGUUGAUCUUUCUGCGCCGCUCGACCUUAGUGAAGUGCAGGACUUCUCGGUGGGUCGUCGGACGCCCCCUGCGGUAUCUUCUCGAAGCAGACUUGAUGAUACGUUAUCAAGACUCAUGAAGAGGAAAAACGCUCCUGCUCCGGAGCAAAUCGUCGGUAAAGAGAAGAGAAGGAAAAAAUUAGAUGAAAUAGUUCUAGGUCUUUCGGCCGCCAAAAGCGGAGGCUCGAGUCUAACUGGUUCGUCUGAGUCGCCUAGAGGUCGAGUAACGACAAUUCCACCUGACGUAACUGUGACGCCGGCGGCUCCACCGUCGUGUACAUCGUCUUCAUCACUGCAAAAGCCGUUUUCAGUGACCGUAACUAGUGUUCCGUCUCCUCAGACUUCAAACAAAGAAUUGUCGUCCUUUUUGCAGCAAUCUUUAGAACAGACUAAAGUGUCAAAAACAUCAAGCGCCACUCCAAUGAAAUCGUAUUCACAUGAAGCUAAAGUUAAUAAAUGGCUAGCUGAACAAGCUAGUGUAGACACGCGACGACGGAGCUUGACACCUCGUCUGUCACCCGAAGAACAUGUACCGGUGGUACAUCGUGUCACUGGAAAACGGAUCGUCGGACAUAAAGCUCCUCAACUUAAACAUCUUGCACAGUGGAUAGCUGAAAACCCCAUGUAUGACAUUGAUUCCAAGUGGACCGAAAGUAUAAAAGAACACGUCAAAUUGCCUCAAGACGUGCGAAGUCAAAGACAUUCUCCAAUGCAGUCUAGUAGUUCUGUUAACGAACGUAAAAAAGGGCGUCCGCCAACGCUUGACUCGCCAACAACAAACAUGUUAUCGUCAAGUGGUCACUUAAACCAAUCUUUAACCGGUUUAAAUCCGGCCCUAUUGGCUAGUUUAUCUAGUUUGAGUGCUUUUGACCCGAAAACCAUAGCAGCAACAUUGUCAAAUUUGACAGGAUUUGAUCCAAAAUUACUUAACACAUUCGAUCCUAAGUUGUUAUCAAGUUUAAGUAGUUUUGAUCCUAAAAAUAACCCAUUAUUAAAUUCUUUUAAUAGUAUGCCAAACUUAUUAGGAAAUAUAACUGGAGGAAAUAUAUUUGCAAACUUAGCGGGUUUGGGUCUUUCUGGAUUUUCGUCACUUGACAUGAAUAAUCUAAGCGGUGCAAAUGUACCAGGUGAUAGUAAAUCAAAAUCCCGAAAACCUCCAGAAAAUACUAACCCAACUUCAUCAAAAUCCGCCAAUUCGCAAUUUCCAUUUGUGUUUCCUAAUCCUAGCAUGCUGUAUCCUCAAUUAGGACUGAGUAGUCUAAAUCCUUUUGGUAUGCAUUCCGGUAUGUCGUCUGCAUAUGAUGCCCUUGGGUUAUUGGGUAAUAACAUGGCUGUUAGUUCUGGCGCAAGUACCCUACAAGGUCCAAGCCAUAGCUCUGCACGGACAAGCACAAAAACUACUACACCACGUUCUUCAACAAUUGUAACAAAUUCAUCAAGCUCUCGUCAACAAAAAGUUACCGAUCGUCAACAAUCAAGCCAAUUACCUCAGAUUCAUUUACCUCCGGAUCCUUACUUGCUAGAAUCUCUUUCCAAACAACCUUUAAAUUAUGAUUCUCUUAUGAGGCCAGAAAAAAGAUCUCGUGAUAACGAUGACGCUACUGCAACUGAUUUAUCUAAGACAGAAAAAAAGAAACUAUCUUAUGAUACUUUACGAACCCAAGUUCCACCAGAAUUUGCUGCUGUUCAAGAAAAGCUAUUAAAAGGUGACAAAAAGGAUAUAGAUAUAAGUAAAAUGUUACUAGAGCAAAUGGCCUCGGGGGCUUUGAGCGCAAGCCUUGUUAGUUCCGCAGAAACUAAAAAGUCUAAAGAGAGUGAAAAAGAUGCGUAUGAAAAACUUAACAAAAGUUCUUCGGAAUAUAUAUCAAAAACAUUAUCCUCUGAAGAUGGAUCUUCUGGAAUUUCUUUAACUCAUAAACGGACUCAUGAUGACAUUAGCAAUGAACCAGAAAAUUUAGCUUUGCAGUCAACAGAUUUAAAUCCCUCCAAAAAAAUGAGAGAAACAACUACUCCCACAGAAUCUCUUUCAAAUACUAUAGAAAAAGCAACGGACCACUCGGCACACACGGGUGAAAUGGAUCUGGAAGACUUAAUUGCACCAUCCACAGUAAUAAAAACUGGAAUGAAAGCUAGUGAUUUUGACACAAACUCUGCAAAACUUGUAAAAGAGUCUGUACAGAAUAGUCUUGAAAGAGAAGAGAAAUCUCAAUCGAAAUUAUUAGCCAUGUACCACGAUGAUGCAAAUGUACAAAUCUGUAACGAAAAUAUUGAAAGCGUAGAUUUUUCUAUGAAAUUGGAAAGUGAAAAUAAGGAUCUGGUAACAGAUGCUGACGAAGCUAAUCCCGACGCUUCUUCGAUAGAUGUUGCUCGAAAAGGAAACAGAAAAAAAGUUCGCAAGUCAUCUGAAGAAGCAGUCGCUGCUUGCCCUCGUCGUGAGCUCAGGUCAAGUUCUGGACGACAAUCAACUGAGACAAUGACUUCAAAUCAUUAAAAAUAUCUGUUAUGGUUCAUACGCAUCAAUAAUUAGAUAUGAAACGGAUAUCCGGUAACAUUAUUUGAUCAGGUCUGGUCUACUUUUUUUUACUAUCGGCUCACAUAUUGGAUAAAAGUAUUGUAUUAUGCGGCAAGAUACUACAUUUUUAUUUUAUUUCGGAAAUCUAGAGUUGGAUACAUAGAAUGCAUUUUUAACUUUUAAUGCCAGUAACGUUUUUACUCUAUCAUAAGUCUUAUUGCGAAUUUCACUAUUAUGCCAUGUACUCGUAUGUUGCUAACAAUCCAAAAAAAUGGAGUUUGUGACCCUUGAAUUGCUAGCUACUUAUAAUAUAAACCACUUAUUACGUACUACGUAGUUCAAAACUGUUACUACUAAUUUGUCUAGCCGUUUAUUUUUGACACAAAAAAUGUUGAAUCCAGGCAUUUACUCAAUGUUGAGGAUCGUGACCGCAGUAGGUUGAGUCUAUAGGCGCCCUCCAUCAUUGGCGGCGUGAAUUGCAUCAUGCAGCUUGAGUUGCAAAUGCUUAGUGAUUUGUUCACCCCAUUUAGCCGGUGGUCUCACACGAGGGCGCUUGCCCUCCACUUUUCCAGCCAAUAUUAUCCAUUCGAGGCCGUCGUUUUUGCGAGAUAUGUGUCCAAAGAAAGAGAGCAUGCGUUUGCUGCAGAAUGUCGAGAGCCGAGUGUGUAUACGAAGUUUCUUCAGAUUGAUAUUUUUAAAUAGAUAAUUAAUAGUUAUUAUAAAAUGCAAGUUUGAAAUCAGCAGAAGUAAUAAUAUUGGUACUGUAAUUUCUUUUUGUAGACACAUAAAAUGGUAUAAUGUCCAGAUAUUUUUGUCCUUCCCAGGUUCUGAAAUUAUCUCCAUACCAUAUUACAUCAAAAUCUUUUAAGUAGUUUUUGAGUUUGUCGCGUUCAGUCAGGCAGACAGAUAUGGAAGUGGAUUUUGUUUAUAAUAUACUUUCUGUACUACAUAUAAUAUGUAUGUAUUAUAAACCUUCCUCUUGAAUCACUUUAUUGCUGACAACUCCGAUAAAAUCCGUUAAAUAUGUAGUUUAAAAGAUUUAAGCGAACAGACAGUGGAAGCGAUUUCUUUUUAUUCUAGGUAAAGAUUAAACCAGCUUUUGAAAAUAGUCGCACAUUACAUUGCUAAGCAUUAACAGCCAUCAGGCUUUUUCUUGCAGACGAAAAUCUGACCGAACCAUUAUCCGUUUCAUCUCUAUCAAUAACUUGUGCCCAAUUUGUCUUGUACAACAACCAUAAUAUCUAUAAUAUAUUAAUCUCAUAUUUCUUGUUAUGUUACUAAUAAUUCCAGGACUAUUUUAGAACUUAGGUUUGAUAUAAGUAAAAUAGCGUUGUUAUUAUUACUGACAGAAGACUGGAUAGUCCACAUUUAUGAGAACUUCGAGCUUUUUAAGCAAAAUUAAUAUCGAAAUCCAUCAAGAAAUGAAAUAAAUGGAAUAGUAAAAUUAAUAUGUCUUAAUGGAAUAUCAAAAUGGGGAAUAGAAUCCAAACUAAUUUAAUAUUUAUGGAUUGGGGAGUAACAUUUUUCUACAAAAUAAAAUAAGAAUCUGCAUUCAAAUGCUAUAAACAGACUAAUUUGUUUUUCUAGUGAAUAGACUUUAUAUAACAUAUUUGGGCCAAUUAUACAGCACUUGUUUUAUUGUCGAAAAUAUUUUUAACGAAGAAACUUGAGAUAGCUACGUCAAAUUUAAAAUUAAUCUUGAUUGUUAAGUGUGCGUACCUAUAAUUGGUCCCAAUAUAUUAAAAAUGUAAUGGUAUUUCAUUAUCAAAUGGAAAUUUAAAUAUACCCAUGAAAUAUCGACGUUAUAGAGAUCUCUUGAAUCGUUCAGUCGAUUUCAUUUUUACGUAGAUAUUGUUUAUAGUAGUAUACGUAAGUACCUAUCGUGCAGAAUGUUAAUAAAAUUGUAGCAUAAGCUUAAAGGAUUGUAAAACAUUCGUGACAAAUUUCAUUACAUUGCAAAUUUAUAUAAAUACUUGACAUUGAAUGGAUUAUUGCGAUUAUCCACAUACCUUUUAUAAAUUUAUGGUAUUUAUUAAUGUUUACAACUUUUUGCUUACUC